GAGUAUAUAAAAAAGGUGCAGUAUUUUUUUUCUUCUUGUCUUUCUUCACUUUUCAACCUUCAACGUACCUCUACUUGCUUUAUAAAAAGUUACUGUUUCAGUAUUUUUCGUUGCUCUUCUUUUGUUUCCCAGCAAAGACUGUUAUUCGUGGGUCAAGACCUACAUGCGUGGUGGUAUACACUACGCAUGCCUAGCGUGGUCUCUUCCUUUAGUGAUUUAUGCCAAGGGCCACUACACAGUAACGCAAGUGGGUGGAAUGUUUGCCAGACCCUCGCGGAGGCACACGCACGCACGAGCACCCGAGAACAUGACCGUGUUUAUGCACUUGCAAGCAUCUAUCCUGACAUUAUCAAUGCUAUUACGAUCGAUUACAAGCAGUCCUUGCACGAUUUGAUGAUCCAGUUCUAUGGCCUUUUGGCGAAAUCAGAUCUGUCCAUUCUCUGCUUUGAAGGCAUGUACGGAGAUAAUGACAUGCAAAAGUAUAACCUACCAUCAUGGACUGGUGCUACCGAGCAACAUCGGACGGGCUAUACGCUCGAUCCGAGCACUCGCGUUCAAGUGGACAUUGACGGCAGAUUCAUGCAUGUGACAUGCGCGGGUAUUCCUAGCAACAGAAAACCAGCAGUAGAAGACGACCCGAGUCAUUGGACGUUCGACGAUAUACCACCUAGACCCGAGGGUCCUCAUCGCCGCCUUAAAAAAGAGAACCUCUUUUGGCAGCACCAGAAUUCAGACAACGCGUCGUCAUGGUUUGAUUUUGACCUUACAAAUAAUGAAAAUAUGAAUGAUGCUACUACUGCUAACAUCAAAGAAGGAGAACACGUGAUGCUUUCCGGGAUCCCAUUUACCUUGAAUCCUGAAUACUUUUUCGCUGAUUACACUGCACCCGCUCCUGAAACUUUUACCAUCCAAUAA